CUUGUUGGUGAAGAGUUUUGAAUGUACCUAUCGGAAGUAGCUUUGAUUUUCCGUAAUUGCUUACGUUAUACACUGAGUUACUCGCGGAGCCUAAUAGAUUGUUGCCUUGAAAAGUCGUAACAAUUUUGGAAAAACACAAUGUAUCUAGUUUCCUCUCGCUUGCUCGUCACAUUGACGCAUGCACUCCUCGGUGGAAAAGAGGGUCGUUACCGGGAUAUUUUAAGUGGAGAGGAAGCACGAAUCUAGAACUCGAUUACAAUUUAUGGUAGAUUGUCACUUUCGAGUGCGAUCUUAAAAGCAUUUUAAGAAGCGUUGACGAUUAGUCGAUUUCUUUCCAGCGCGCUUCGGAUCGUCUGCUUACUUCACGUCAAACUUUCAUCAGGUUACUUCCAUUUUGUUGAGAAGGAGAGGAAGGAGAUCCAUGCCGUGCCAAGAUGGAAGGGCUCGAUCCUUUCGUGUAUUCUUUCCAUGAUGAAUUGAAAAACAAGAGCCUUGACUACCUGCUUGCUCUUCUAAACCUGACCGAUACAAAGGAUUUUCUAGACUUCUAUGACUACGAUUUCCACUACAUCGCGCACGAUCUGUCAACCACAGCUGAUAUUGUGUUAAUCACGUGUUACACCAUCAUCUUUUUGCUUGCUCUGGGCGGGAAUCUCCUUGUGAUUUUCGUGGUAGCGCGCAAGAAGUACAUGCAGACAGCCAUCAAUAUCUUCUUCGCCUCGCUAGCCAUCUCGGAUCUGCUGAUCGCUGUCUUCUGCAUCCCAUUCACGCUGAUUGAGGCAAUCACGGUGGAUUGGGUGCUUGGACCAUUCAUGUGCAAGGCUCUUAACUACGUCACUUCUGUCGGUGUUGUCUCAAGUAUCCUAGCCAUGAUGUCCAUCGCAGUAGAGCGCCACCAAGCGAUCUGUCACCCUCUGCGCUCCAGGGUGAUCCAGACACCUCGUCGUGCUGUCUUCCUCCUAACCUUCUUGUGGACAAUGUCUAUGACCUUUGUGUCGCCGUUCCUCUUCGUACUCAAACUUGACACCAAGAUUGACUCUACAACGGGUUCAAGUUACCGCUUCUGCAGGGAACAUUGGGAUAAUCCGCAGCAGCAGAAGAACUACACGUUGCUACUAGUCCUCCUCCUGUACGUCACUCCCUUGGUCAUCAUGAUAGUGCUGUACAUGCAGGUUGUCCACAAGCUCUGGAUCCGCAAACCCAUCGCGCCUGCUGAUUCCGUCGUGACACAAAAUGCAGGCAUCAACACGGCCACUUCGCUUCGGUACAAGAAGCGCGCCAUCAAGAUGAUCCUCAUGGUGGUCGGCCUCUUCUCCGUCUGCUGGCUUCCCUAUCACGUCGUCGUUCUCAUGCGCGACUUCUCCUUCAUGCAAGACGGUGAGAGAAACCGACUCCUUUUCGCAGCUGUUCAGUUGGUGGGACUCAGCAACAGUUGUAACAACCCCAUCGUAUACGCGUUCCUCAAUGACAACUUUAAACGGAACUUUGUGAAAGUACUGUGUCGUCACCGACAAUUGGCUAAAGCGAAGGGUUCUUCAAAUAAUAACGUCGUUGUUAAACCAUCUGCGAUGGCCACCAUAUAACAAGACUUGAUAUCACCAACAAUUUGCUAAAAUGAAGUGUUCUUCAAACGAUAACGUCAUUGUCAAACCAUGUGCGAUGGCCACCAUAUAACAAGACUUGAUAUCACCAACAAUUUGCUAAAAUGAAGUGUUCUUCAAACGAUAACGUCAUUGUUAAACCAUCAGCGAUGGCCACCAUAUAACAAGACUUAAUAUCACAAACAACUUGCUAAAAUGAAGUGUGCUUCAAACGAUAACGUUAUUUUCAAACCAGGAUCAAGGUCAACGAACGAAAACUUGUGCAUUGUUAAUCCUCACGAUAAUUUGUUUGUUUUUGUUUUUGGUUAAUUGUAUUUUUACAAUGUUUUGGCAUUGGAAGCCAUACUUCUCUGUCGGUAAGAGUAGUUCACACAGUCAAAAUAAGCAAAGAAAAUUGAAUUGAAGGAAAAAAUGCUGUAAACCGUUCUUUAGUCAUCUUUUAUUAUUUUGACUUUACCCAUUUGUAAAUUAACAGUAGUUUGUUAUGACUAUGUUAAUAUACAUCUAUCAAUAUUCAUCAAUAUGUUUGACAUUUUGGUAUGGAAUUUUGGAGGCAAUCACAGCUAAGACUCCAUUGGAUAUGUUGUCUUCAUCAAUGUAGAAUACUGGUAUGAAAUAUGGGAACGUAUUCAGUCUUAUUUUUUAAAUAAAAAUGUAACAUCAUUUUCUUCCGGUCAUUUCUUGCACAUAUUUAUAGAGCAUUCAAAUAUUAACGAAACUCCAGAGCAAAGUGGCAUAGGCGAUACAGGGAAGAAUCUCAUCAAACAAUAAUUCUCCAUUUCUCCAAAAGUACCAACCAAAGCAUUGAAAGCACAUUUUCACCGUCAAAACUUUUUUGAUCUUCGUCGAUUAUGUUUUAUUAAUAUUUUAAGAGAUAUGACGGACUAUCCAUCCAAAGCAUUUAU